AUGACCACAACAAUAGAACAUCAUUACGUCGACCGCUGUGAAGAGCCAUUUGAUUGUAGCUUGAUCGGUGUUGAAAAUGGAAGCGAUAAACCAUUGAGCGUGCUUCUUGAAUAUCUUCACGAAAUAGGACCCGGAUUUUUCAAUGAUAGGACAACAGCAGAUUUGGAAUUGAGGAUUAAUGGAAUGAAUCAAUCGUUCUGGGUCCAUAAAGAAUAUCUAGUCACACAAUCCAGUUACUUCCGAAAAAUUUAUCAAUAUGCAAAGCCUAAUGAUUCAGCCAUAAUCACAGAUUUACCAGAUCCAUCGAGCUUCGAACUAAUCUUGGAAUAUUUGUAUACCGGAGAUGGUGAUAAAUUAUACGAUCUCAUGAAUAUCGAUAAUUAUGACAAUAUUUGGCAAAAUAUGGAAUAUCUUGGAUUAAGUGUCGAGGCAAAAACUAUUUGUAUUGCAUUCUAUCAAGCAAAUGUCGAGGUUUCUAAUUAG